AUGGUGCCUUCUGAAACACCCCAUUCCAUUUCGAAAUGCCCCUUUCCUCCAUCCCCGUCUCCCUCUCACCCUGCCUUUCCCCGGUCCUCUCCUCACUUCCCCAGCCAUCUUCCCACUUCUGCUGUCGAUCCGCCCUGCUUCCAGCACUGCAACCGCCCCUCCCCCUCUCUCCUCUCCUCGCUGCGCUCACACCACCUCCUCCCCCUCGCGGGCCUCCCCCUCUUCCACGCCAACUGGACGCUCCGCCACCCGCCACCUGUCCCACUCCCGCCACCUGGCGGACCCGUCUCCGCUGACAUGGCGGCUAACGUGGCGGCUGACAUGGCGAAUGCUCCAGGAGGGGCGGCUGUUGACGCGGAUGGGGACGGAUUUGCGGGGGUGAGGGGGGUGGUUGGGGAGGACUGGGUGGUGGUGGUGGCGGUGCCACCUGGCGCGAUGCUAUUGGAUAAGAUGGAGGAGAUGGUGGAUGAGAUGAUUCAAGACAACUGGUGGCACGGGCGAGUGGUGUACUUCCGAGGAGGCAUGGGCGUGCAGGAAGCCCGGGCUCUCUUCUCUCGCACGCUGCUCCUCAUUUCGCCGCCAGGGGAGGCUCUCGACUUGAUUCUCUUCAUGCCUCGCUCACAAUCACCCAUCCACCUUCCCCAUCUCCCCAACCCCUUCCCCCCCUCCUCCCCUUCCUCUCCCAACAGCCAGGGCUCUCUUCUCGCGCACGCUGCUCCUCAUCGCGCCACCAGGGGAGGCUCUAGACUUCAUUCUCUUCAUGCCUCCUGCUGCUGUCGUGCUCGAGUUACAUCCCUUUUUGUGGGGAGGGCCUGGGGUGCCUUGACCGGCUUCUCAUGGAUAACCCUCGUUCCUCCCUCCUCCUGCUCUCCUUCCCUCCUCCUGCUCCCCUCCCUCCUUCUGCCCGCCUCCCCACCCUCUUCCCGGCCCAACAGCCACGGCUCUCUUUUCGCGCACUCUCCUUCUCAUCUCGCCACCAGGGGAGGCUCUAGACUUCAUUCUCUUUAUGCCUCGCUCACAACCAACCAUCAAUUUACCCCAUCUCCCCACCCCAUUCCCCCCUCCUCCCAACAGCCAGGGAACUCUUCUCUCGCACUCUCCUCCUCAUCUCGCCACCAGGGGAGGCUCUAA